AUGCCUCGAGUGGCCCAAGUACCGCGCGCCAGCAGCGUCAGAGCGACCUCCGGGUCGAUGAAUGCAUCGCCAUUCAAGAACUCACCGGUCAAAAUCCCCCUCAACGAUGAUGCGGAAGAAAAAGCGCGGCGAGCGCAUUCGCGCCAUGCAUUUCACGAGCGCCAGCGUAACGAACUGAAGGCGGCCGCCGCGACGCCUUUGCGCAGGAAUAACGGCAGCUUGGAAGACCUUGAGAAUGACACACCAGGCUCGAAUCCCAAGACACCACACGCUCGCGGGAGUCGCGGUAGGCAGAUUGUUGACGACGAUGACGAAGGCUUCGUCGUUAGCGGAAGCGCGGUCACGCCUAUGAAGCGCGUUCCGAUUCUCGCCAACUUCGAAGAAUGGAUGAAGAUGGCAACGGACAACAAGAUCAACGCAAACAACUCCUGGAACUUCGCACUCAUCGACUACUUUCACGACAUGUCCUUGCUCAAGGAGGGCGACGGAGUCAACUUUCAGAAAGCCAGUUGUACGUUAGACGGCUGUGUAAAGAUCUACACCAGCAGAGUCGACAGUGUCGCAACUGAGACCGGCAAGCUUUUGAGUGGUCUUGCGGACAGCAACAAGAAGAAAGGCAAGGAAGGUGACGAUGCUGAGGGUGAGGAGAGUGAGGAGGAGAUUGAUGAGAACGGCAACGUUACGAAGAAGCCGAAGCGGAAGACCCAGCGAUCCUCCGAAGCGACCCUCGCGCCUUCUUUCUCUUCGCUCCAGCUCAAGAAGUUCGAAUUGGAGUUCGCCGUAGACCCUCUUUUCAAGAAGACUUCGGCCGACUUCGACGAAGGAGGUGCCAAGGGCCUGCUUCUCAACCAUCUAAUGAUCGAUGCACAGGGACGUAUCGUCUUUGACAGCAGCGAUGAUGUCGGCGACGCGCAUACCUCGAAAACAAGAAAGAAGAACGACGAGGCUGAAGACGAGGACACUGAAAUGCAAGAUGCUUCGGCGAUACAAGAAGAACAAGAGCAGGAGGAGGACACUGCAGACGUGGAAAUCGACCUUGGAGCGUUAGGUGCCAAGUUCUUCCCCAACUUGGGCCGUCUUGACGAGCUGGACGUCUGUCCGUCCUUGAAGAACUUUGACCUCGGUAACCCUUCAGGGUCUAUGGAUAUUCCUUUUCUCAAGGCGCCAGAGGACUGGAGAGGAGACCAGGACAAGGACAAGUCCCCGGACCUGCUCGGAGACAACUCUGGCAUGUUUAUUGACGGCGACAACGCGGCUGGCUUCGACGACGACGACCUUGGCCUCGGCGGCUUCGAAAUCGGCGCGGACGUCGCAUUCGGUGAGGGCGGCGAGGCUUGGGCGAGGGAAGCUGCGCUUGAGCCGCAGAUGAGAGUUUACGACGCCGGCCUUGGUGAGGAUGCUGCUGGAGGCGAUGGCGUAGAAAUGCUCGAUCAACGCGACGGCGAUUUUGUCGUGUCAAUGUCCCACGCACAAAGCGCCGACAAGAUGCAUGAAGAUAUCCUCGGUUACUUCGACCAGGCCUUGCAGAAGAACUGGUCCAGUGCUGAGCACUGGAGAAUCCGAAAGAUCAAGGAUGUCAACAAGCCCGUAGGCCCCGCCCGCGUGCGGAAAGAGAAGGAGCCCUUCGAAAUCGACUUCUCUGCGCCACUCGAUCAGAGCUUAGCCGAUGUAUUGUUUACUCAGGCCUCCAGCAACUCGGCCAUCUCCAUGCCCAAGAAGGACUGGAAGUCGAAGUCACGCAACCUGCUUCCAGACGACAAGCACUUCAACUCCAAGUCACUUCUCAACCUGUUCCUCAAGCCCAAGGCUCGCCUUAGCAGACGGCGAGUCUUGGGCAACAGGGGCGGUAUGUUCGGCACUGCUGGGCCAGAGAGGGAUGUACCAGAAGGCGAGAUGGACGAGGCAUUCUGGGCACAACAAAAAGUACCGAUGAAAAAUGAGGAGGAGACGCCGUUGCCGGAAGGAGACUACGACGCCAACUUCUUCCAGGACGAUGCUCUUCCUUUCGCUGGAGGUCUGGAGGACGAGGAUGAUGAGUUUGCGGAUGCCCGUGAGCAUUUCUCGCCCAUGGCUGAGGGUGAUGCUGGCGCCACCGAAGCAGCUGGCUUAACAGCCCUGCUCGGCGGCGAUACUGCAACCAAUGCUCUGACCGGUGCCUUCGGGACGACGCUAGUCACGCAAACUCGCCGUCUCCGUCCAGACUACGUGCAAUACGCACGUGUGGCCAAGAGGGUGGACGUCCGGCGGUUGAAGGAGGAGAUUUGGAAGGGCAUGGACCUCGAACGGCUGGAUGGUGACUCUGCGCCGCCGACCAACGAAACCGCGGCUGCCACACCCGAAGAAACGUCCAAGGACACAUCGCUGAGAUUCACGGAGGUCAUGAAUGGUCUGCACUCGGUCUAUCCGAAGCAGAUGAUGGAGGACAUCUCGACGAGUUUCUGCUUUAUCAGUCUGCUACAUCUCGCCAACGAAAAGGGCUUGGUCAUCGAGAAGACUCCUGAGCUUACGGAACUUAACAUCCGCAAAGACUGGACUGCUGAGAUCACAGGGGCGGAGUAG